AUGCCUAACGCAAAUGUCCUGGAGAUCGACAACCAAGUCAUCUUCAAAGCCCUCGUCUCCACCGGUCUCGUCGUUGUCGACUUUUUUGCGACCUGGUGUGGACCCUGCAAGGCUGUCGCUCCCACUCUCGGCAAGUUCAGUGAACAAUUCCUGAAUGUUCGUUUUAUUUCGGUGGAUGUGGAUAAGCUGCAGAGUGCUGCGGUUGAACACGGCGUUAACGCUAUGCCCACCUUCAUACUGUUCAAGGAUGGCAAGGAGGUUGGACGAGUUGUCGGUGGCGAUAUGAAGAAGCUGGAAGCUGAGAUCCAGAAGAUUUCGGCCUAG